CAUGAUGAUGACGUUUCAGGAAAAAAGCUGACUUUUAUUUAUUUACUAAUCACUGUUGUUUUGUUACUCAUUCAGAUUGGUGUUUCGCAGUUUCACGAAAAUAUUGUAAUUUUUUUUCGGAACAUUAUUGUUGGAAGACCACCUGAAACCAUGGGUAACAAACAGGUCAAGCAACAUUUCGAAACAGCGCAAAAGACGGGGGUGCUGAAGAUUUCCCAAAUGCGACUAAAUGAGUUUCCAUCGGCAUUGAAAGCAUUUCCCAACGUUUUGAAAACUCUGGAUCUGUCCGAGAACCGUUUCGCAGAGUUGCCGGACGACAUUGGAAAAUUUACCCUCUUGAAGCACCUGAACGUGGUGGGGAAUCGUCUCAUUUCGAUACCGGAGAUCAUCGGAGUGCUAGUCAAACUUGAAACACUGAAUGCCAUGAACAACCUGAUCGUACGAUUACCUCCUGAACUCGGUCAGUGUAAGAAUCUGAAGCAAAUCCACCUUAGCAACAAUCAAAUCAACGAAUUUCCCACAAUGGUAUGUGGCUUGAGGCAGUUGGAUGUUUUGGAUUUAUCCCGGAAUAAAAUUACCUUGAUUCCUCCGGAGGUCAGCACCCUCCAGGUGACGGAACUGAACGUUAAUCAAAAUCAGAUCUCGGAAGUAUCGGAAAACAUUGCCUUGUGUCCGAAGCUGAAAACUUUUCGAAUAGAGGAAAACUGCCUGCAGGCCACAGCGGCAUUGUCGAAAAUCAUGAAGGAUUCGCAGAUCUGCAAUCUUUCAGUAGAUGGGAACCUUUUCAGUUCCAAAGCCUUCGCCGAGCUGGAUGGAUAUGAAGCCUACAUGGAGAGAUACACGGCGGCUAGGAAGAAAAUAUUUUAAAUAGACUAAAUGCACCGACGUACCACCUAUAUGUUAAUUUGAAGCACGCUUUUACAGUGAUUGAUGUUGCAUCGAUAAAUAAAAUUGUCCUUAUUUAAAUUCUUGUAAGAAAUAAACAAUUGUUUUUUAU